AAGUCCAUUGUGGACAAGUAAAAGUGAACCGAGGGAGUAAAUUUUAGUUAGCAGUAUCGUGAAAAUUGAUUCUUAUGCACGUGCACAUUCUUUUCUUUCUAUGCUUUAGAUUGAUUAUUAUUAUGCACGUAUACGUUACUUUGGGAGGCAGGAUGUUUUAUGUAACAAGUGUUUUCAAAUUUAUCACUUCUUCUCCUAGCAUGUCAUAAGGCCUAAUGGAAACUUGUAAAAUUAAAGGUAAGUAGGUCGGAAAAGUCAAUAACUCUAGAUGAAUGGGGAGAAAAGCUGGUCGUGAUUAAUGACCUAAACCACGAAUGUGCUAUGCCAAACCCUGUAUUUAAAGAUCCGAAACAAGAGAAAUUAAUGUCAUGAUGUGCUUAUUUUUUACAAUUUAAGGGAUUCAAGAUAUGGUUUUUGGGAGAUUUGGGUGCUAGAAUUUCUAAUUUAAAUAGUCUUUUAGACUUAAGUGUUGAGGGUCUUCAUUGAUAAAUACACUUUUAUAAAUUUGGUCUAGUUGUCCGUUAUGUCCUAACUUCAUUAAUUAUUCAUUUAUUUGUGUCGAUGCCGUAUAUAUGGUUUUUGUGUAUAUUACGGUUGUUACCUCAAGAGUUGGUUAGUAUUUGAGUUUAUGAUGAUUAUUUUUUACACUCUUUUUCAUUACACAGGAUAUGAUGAUAAACCCGAAGCUUUUUUUUUUUUUUUUGGUUGUUGUUGUUGUUUUGAAAUACCACUACGUAAUACUUAGUGGAUAAACCCAAAGCUGAAGUUUAAAUUAAUAAAUAAAUAAAUAAGAGAAUGGAUUUUUUUUAAUUAUUUCGUUCUUUUUUCUUCAUAAUGCUGAUUGAUUCGGAAAACUUGGAUGAUUUCUAUAAAUAAAACGGGCAUAACUUAUUAUUGUCUCCUUCUCUAAAUUCGUAUAGCAAUCGUAGGUUGCAAUAAAUUUGAAUGCACAGGUAAUUUAAAAAGGGAUUAAAAAGAAAACAAAAAAUGUAAUUAGAAAACUUUGUAUUCCAUUCUUACCAAGUUUAGCUCAAUCCCUUGAAUGGCUGAUUUGUGGUACUGGUAACUUUCCUUACAACACAAAUUUUUAAAAAUGAUAGCCGUUAAUAGUUUUAUAUCUUUUUUGUUUAAAUACACUGUUGAAUCUUUAUUAAAGUAUUAUGUAUACUAAAAUCAUUGCUUAGAUUUUCUUCACAAAUCAAUGAUUUUCACAAUAUUCUUUCAGACAAACAAAAGAUUCUCACAAAAUCUUUGUUCCUUAUUGCAGAUUUUUCUCUCUUUUAAAUAGAAGAAAGAUCUUUGAAAUAGAAUGACUAAUUCCACUCGUUGUGCAGCUUGCAAACAAUUAAGAAGAAGAUGCCCUUCGGAUUGUAUCUUUUUGCCAUAUUUUCCACCAUAUAAUCCACAAAGAUUUUCUUAUGUUCAUAGAAUCUAUGGUGCUAGCAAUGUUGGAAAGAUGCUCCAGCAAGUGGAAGAGCAUGAACGAGGGAAUGUAGCAGACUCAUUGUACUAUGAGGCAUAUUGCCGAAUAGAGGAUCCAAUUUAUGGUUGUGUUGGGAUCAUUACUGUUUUACAUGAAGAAAUCUACCACUUACAAUACCAAUUGGCUAAAAUACAAGCUCAAAUUGACUUGCUCAAAGCUCACCCGCCACUUCAAGGACUUGAAUAUUCAGCCAACUUAUUGGCUGAUCAAAAUGGGGUUUAUGCUUCGUCACCCUCAUCAUUUGGUCCUUCAAUCCAUUGUCUUUACUAGAACUUAAUUAUUAUGUAGACUGCUUUUUUGCAUAAUAUUUCUUGGGCAUUUCAUGAAUUCGAUCCCUUGAGCUACUUUGUGAUAUUGUAAGCUUUAAUUUGGACU